AUGCCACCCAAGGUUACUUGAGUUAAUCGUGGUCUAACCAUAAAGCGGAUUAAAGGGGACGUCCCGAUACAUGCUAUCUCCCACAUCAAUGGUAAAGAGAUUCUAGCUGUGGGAAUGGGCGCAAUCAUGGCUAUACACCGAAAUAAUGAACAUCCCAUGAUCUUUACCGACUCUUCGGUGGCCUAUUACACCUUUAGAUAAGGUGGCUCAAGAUCGCCAUCACUGGAAGUCAUUAUCACACAAAUUAUGAUUAAACUAGGACUCCCCAACUUUACGGCGAUCUCCCAGAACAUACAGUGGAUCCCUACCGAGGAUAACCCGGCCGACCUUCCAUCAAGAACUUGGAUGGCGCCAAGACGACACUUAGAUCUUUUCGAGGGACCUAUUCUAGAAGGAGAGAUACUAUUACAGCAAGACGACGAGUCGUUAUUCGGACCCCAGUCUGACCAAGCUACACCGUCGCUUAUCUCCGGUCUCUCGAUACAGGAUAGUGAUACUUCAACCGUUUCAUAUAAUUGGGACCAGCUAUCCAUCGCUUCCCAAGAUUUGGCCUGACCCAUGUCAAUCAAAAUUUCAAAAUAAACAAACUAUUAGCCAGAACGAUUCAUCCCCUUUUAUAUUUAUUUGUAUAAAUACUUUUAUUACGCUAAUUUAUAAUCAUUGUUUAUUUCUAUUGUCUAUACUGAAAAUUUUGAUUAACAAUAAAGGCCUUGGGACAUUGAAGCCAUAAAGGCCAAGAUGUCCGGUUAUUUCCAUGUUUUGCCUGAAAGGGCAAAAACAUAGAAAUGAAAUAACUGCGAGAGCUUUUAUAUUUAUUUGUAUAAAUACUUUUAUUACGCUAAUUUAUAAUCAUUGUUUAUUUCUAUUGUCUAUACUGAAAAUUUAUUCGUAUUAAACCUUUAAUCCGCUUUAUGGUUAGACCACGAUUAACUCAAGGAACCUUGGGUGGCAUUAGACCACCGCUGGAUCCCGCUAACCUACCGCCUGGACAACCCUUGAACUUGGAUGGCACUAAUCUCAUACUCACGCCAGACAACUCCAUGGAUACCGUCCCCGUUGAUCCCAGCACCCGAGCUAUUAUCAUGGCCAUGAACGCCAUAUCCGACCGAAUGGCAGCGUUAUCUACGCAAGUGAACGAGGAUCGACAAAGGCAACGUACACCAUCACCUAGACACAUGUCUACCCCUAGAGAAAGGGGCCCUGGUGUAUUGGGCACGCAAACUUCUGAAGCUCUUCUACCGUUAGCCACACCGAGCGCGCCGCCCAUCGCGCACCCGGUACCACUCGAGCCUCCCGCGACGUCCGCGGAAGCCUAUGACAGACUCAUGAAGGUCUGGGCAGGACUGCAGCAAGAUCUCCUCGAACCUAGAUGCAAAGCAAAUGAUAGGGACCGCCACGAGAUCAAGCAUAUCGCAGAGGUGUUGGAUAUUCUGUCGCCGGACUCCGACAUCAGUAUGCUAAAAAUUCAGGCUAAGAGAAUCCGAGUGCUAGCACUAGCCAUCCAUUGGAACUGGAAAACGGCGAGGAAUAAUGACGCUUCAUAUCAAGAGAAGUUCUUAUGCGGGGAAAAUAUAACCGUUUACCAUGACCCCGUGCCCUUUCGAGAUAGGGGCCGUGCAGGAGCCUCCACCUCUACCUAUCGUAAGCGUCCUGAAAGGAAGGAUGCGGCUAUAUAUAUAUAUAUAUAUAUAUAUAUGCGUUAAAAAAUCUCAAAUAUAAAAUU